AGAUACAUUGAUUCUAACGUGUUCUAACGAUCUAGAUCAUGAUCAUGAUCUAGAUUCUGGACGGUGCAUCAACACACCAGCAGGUGGCAGUGUUCUCUCUGCAGGCUGCUUUGUGAUCUCCAGUGAACAAGAAGAAGAACACGUUCACAGUGCGCAUGCGCGGUGGCUCUCUCCUAAAGCACAACAACAACCAUGGACGUAGUGAUAACUGUACAAUAAGAGCACCAUGACAACACUGAGGAGGGUUCUCUCUUGGUUUCCGGUCCUGCAGCGUCGCCGCGCACACACCUGUCUGACGUCAUCGGCUACCUGCAGACUCCUUCACAAGCCUCCGCGUGCAGUCGGAGCUGCAUGUCCCUCCCAGCUGAGGGCGUUCACGCUGUCCGCGUGCAGGUCGAGGGACAACACGGAUGACCUCGGAGGCAGCGGGGUGCACGAGGAGGAGAAAGAGGAGGAAGAUGAAGAGGAUGAUGACUUCAUCGAUGACAGCGAGGUGGAGGAGCUGUUUCGGCUGCACGCGCCCGCUCAGCAGCACCGAGUGUUCGUGGUUCACCCCGAUGUGAAGUGGGGGAGCCGGAAGCAGCACCUGACCACCGCUGAGCUGAUGAUGGCCGAGGCCGUGGGUCUCGUGAACACUUUGGACAACUGGAGAGUGGUGGAGCAGCUCAUCCUGUCCACCAAGACACCAGAGAAGAAGAAGAUCUUCGGCAAAGGGAACUUCCAGACUCUGACAGAUAAAAUCAGACAGACGGCAGGAAUCACUGCGGUGUUUGUGAAUGUGGAGCGUCUGUUUCCUUCGUCUGAGGUGAACUAAACUACUAACUUUUUGUAUUUUUUUUUCACAUUUUAUUGCAUUUUUUUAUUAUAUAUUUGUGUUUUUUCAAUUUUGUUUUAUUUUCACUGGUUCUGAUUCUUGAAAAUAGCUUUCUGGCUACACACAUGCAGGGACGUGCACAGAUAUUAGUUACUCUAAUCUAAACAAAAGUAGGGCACCCCACUCCCACCCCAGUCUAUAAGAAGUGGACGUAGUCUUCAUGACGUCACUCUUUAAUUUGUUG